AUGGAAAUCGAGACGUACAUCCGGGACAAUGUGCCGUGGGCUCGACUGCCGGAGAAUGUUCAGGUUCUACUCGGCGCCUCAAAUCGCGAGUACGACAAGCUUGUGCUCGAGUACAGUGUCCGGAACCAAUUGCGCUAUAAAGGAAAUCUAGUUCGACAAGUGAAAAAGAGCGAAGAAAUGUACUACGAUAUUGUGAUGAAAUAUUCGGAGAGCCAUGUGAUGCUCUUCCCUUACCAUCUCUCCGAUAUCAUCGUCCGCGAGCUGCGCACGACCCCGUUCAGCUAUUACAUAAAUAUAUUUAUGGAGAUGCUGGCCGCAGAGAAAUCGUACGACUCGCUGCCGAAUUUCACGGCCGCUGAUGCAGUGCGGCUGUUGGGGAUUGGGCGCAAUCAAUAUAUUGAUAUUAUGAAUCAAAACAAAUCAAAUCGGCGCCUCUUCCGCCGCAAUAAGCCAAUUCGAGAGCUGUUGCCUCAGAAGCCAGUCAAUAUAAGCAUCGAGCCAUGGUGGCUCGUCUGCCCUGGGAGUAUUCUGGAGGCGGAUGUCAAGAGUUUACCGGCGUUGGAACGAGCCUUGGUAGAUCUACUGCUUGAUGAGGGCCCACAAAUCGCCGCCACCCAAGAUCUUGGUCUGAUCCAGCGACUUUUCAACGCGGGCCUCGUUUAUUUUGAUGUACCAGUCUCCGAAAAUGAUUACGUAUACGUUGCCCCUCUGGACGGUUUCGUGAUGAACCGCGUGCUGGGCGACUACUUCGAGACGUUGCUGUACAAGAUUUUUGUGGCCAUCGACGAUCAGACGACGGUGCACGAGAUCGCCGAAAUGUUGCACAUUGAUUUGCAACUGGUGAAGAACGCGAUAUCCCUGUUCUGUCGGCUUGGUUUUGCCAGGAAGCGUGUCACCGGGAUUGAAGGGAUCCGUAUGCAUUCGUCAUGGGCAACAAGGACAAUUUCCGGUACGACGAUGACAGCUUCAAAUACGCAGGACGACCUCUUGUCGUUGUCAACCGGAUUAGGCGAGCUGUCGGCGGCUUUAACGGGUGAAGAAGAGGAGGAUGAGGAUCGAGCCGUAUCCCCUCGCGAUUCUCAGUCACCGGCUACUAUGUCAGCCCCUCAAACUGCUGAAACGGCCUCCGGGGCCGGAAAGGUGGCUCUUGUUUUUGACUCGACGCUGACCGCCUUCCUGAUGAUGGGCAAUUUGAGCACAGCUUUGAAAGGCCAUGCCGUCACUCUCUUCGAGGUCGGCAAGCUUGGCGAUGACCAAUUGCGCGAUUUUAUGGACCUCCUUGAAAAGGUCAAUCGUUUCGCUGAAGGGGAGGCUGCACGGUAUUCGUUGCAUGCAACCGGACUCCUGGACUUGUUGAAAAAGCUGAAAGGCGCCGGGCAUGAGGUUGACAUGAUUCGUGGUGAGAGUCUGUUAUCGCUCGAUACCCAAAGUCGCACUCGGCUUCUGCACAAGGCUUAUUGCCUUGCGGUGGCGGUGGCUCCAUUAUCAGCUGAUGGAUGUACCCUGCCGCUUUCAUCUUUGCCGUUUCUCGGGCCUCCUAUUCCUGAGGUGUGUUUCUGCUGGUUCCGGCUUUCCAUCUACAACCUCUGCGGAUCCGGGGAAUGCAUCAUCGCUGUUUCUCCGCGUGGAGAGCGGGUUUCCCGACUUCCGCCUUGGUUGGAG